GAAAAAAUACGAAUCUUUAAGACGUUUAGCUGAUAAUUAUUAUUGUAUUAAGUAUAAACGAACAAUUCAAUCAUCUGCAAGUGGUUUAAGUGCUGAACAUUGUUCAACUGUUUUAUCGAAAGAGGCAUUAGACUUUAUGAAACAACAAAAUGAAGGUGUUGUUCAGACAACCUUUUCCAAACUUAAAAAUAAAUUCAUCUCGAAUGCUGAGAAACCAAUCUCAUAAACCAGUGAUGUUAGAACAAGCAAUUAAAUAUUUAAAUCCUAAAAAUGGACAUAAUUUUCUUGAUAUGACAUUUGGGGCUGGAGGACAUACAGAACGUAUACUUCAAGAAAAUAAUUCUGCAGUUGUUUAUUGCUUAGAUAGAGAUCCAACAGCCUAUUCAAUUGCACAAAAAUUUUCUCUACAAUAUCCUAACAGAGUGGUAUCUUUAAAAGGAAAGUUUAGUGAUCUACCAACUUUGUUAAAAAAAUUUGAUUGUAAAAUGAAUAGUUUUGAUGGUAUUUUAUUUGAUUUUGGCGCAUCUUCAAUGCAGUUUGAUACAGCAUCUAGAGGUUUUGCAAUAAGUAAAAAUGGACCAUUAGACAUGCGAAUGGAUCCAGAAGAAAAUAUUUUAACAGCUGCUGAUAUUUUAGCCAAAGCAGAUCAAACAGAUUUAUAUAAAAUUUUUAAGAUUUAUGGUGAGGAAAAACAUUCAAAAAAAAUUGCUAAUGCUAUCAUCGAAUCAAGGUAUUUAUUUAGGCCAUUAAAGACCACCUAUGAUCUUUGUGAAUUAGUUAAAAAUGUUUGUGAUAAUGAGAAAAGAUUUGAUAUGUUGCAUAGACUAGCACAUCCAGCUACUAAAAUAUUUCAGGCACUGCGUAUUUUUGUUAAUAAUGAAUUGAAUGAAAUCAAUCACGGAAUAAUAUUGGCCAAUCAUUAUUUAAAAAUUGGUGGUAUUAUGGUUACUAUUGCUUUUCAUUCUCUUGAAGACACCAUUGUAAAGCGUCAUAUUCAAGGAAAUGUAAAUGAAAAUGUUGCAAAUGUUUUGCCACUUAAGUAUAAAACUAGUCCUAUUCAUAUGAAUAGUAGCAAUGAUUUUUUAAAUGUUAUUAAUGAUAAUUGUUGGCAUCAAGUAAAUAAGCAUGUUGUAACACCAACUAUUGAUGAAGUUGAAGAAAAUCCAAGAAGUAGAUCAGCUCGACUCAGGGCAGCCAUUAAAAUUAAAUAGUUAUUUUAAAUAAAAUCAAAUAUUGUUAAUAAAUGUACAUUUUAUUAUAAUAAAUAUACUUGUGCAACUAUUGCAGUUUGUUUUGAAAAAUAUUGUUUAUAUAUUAUUAUUUUUUAUACUUAAUCAACUGUCCACACUAUUUUUACAAGACAAAUUUCAAAUAUUUUUAAUAUUAUUAAAAUUUAAUUGUUGAAAAACAACAAAAUGUUAAGAAUCUCAAUCGUAUACUACUUUUAUAAUUAAAUUACCCUUAAUUUAUCAAAACAACAACCUUUAAAUAGUUUUAAUAAGUUAUAUAAAAACAUUAUUAUUUGAGGCACCUAGAGCUGGAGAGUACAGGAGCGUAUUUAGAAAUUUAUAAUAAGGGAACACAAAUAUAAUUUUUCAAUUAAAACGUCACCAUGAAAAUUUUUUAUUCAUUUUGAGCUGAA